AUGUCCGAGAAAUUCAACUCAAAGAAUUUAUCCUACGCGUCCAAGCCACCGCCCUUUCUCGCGGCGCUUCAGGCACAAGCCGCCGGCCACGGCGGUCCCGACCCCAUCGCAGCUGGCCGUCGACGGCCCGGCAAGCAACGCCGCGGCAGCGAAGAGGCCGAGGAUGUGCCGCUGGUAGUGGAUGAGCACGGCAACACGCUAGCACUCGAGGUGGACAAGGAUGGUGUGGUGGCUCCUGGGCAGCAUGAUGAUGACUCGAAGCAGGAAGGCGAUGGCACGCAGGAGAAAGACAAGGAGAAGGAGAAGGAGGAAGCGGUGGUGAAUGCGAACAUGUCGAUUGGCGGUAGAAAGCGGAAAGUGGGCAAGAUUGUUGGCGGGGGAGAAGAGGAGGAAAAUGAGGGAGAUGGGACGACUGCAAGCAAGGUGAAAAGUGAUGAAGGAGCCAAGAAGGAUAAGGUGGGAGCCAAGAAGCCGAAGAAGAAGACAAAGGCCAUUAAAUUGAGCUUUGACGAAGAUUGA